AAAGCACCCUUUAGGGCCGUCUUUACAAAUCUUGGUGCGAGCGGAAGAUUUGGUCCAACAACGCUGGGCAGUUACUAUACAGGUCAGGAUCACGACGGACAAGUGAAAUUGUCGAGCGGUAUUCAACAAUGGACUGUGCCGUACACUGGUGAAUAUAGAGUAGAAACAGUAGGAGCAGCAGGAGGGUACGGUAAGACCAAGGACAAAAAAAGAAGCGCCUCUAGUUACAGAGGAAGAGGUGCAAGAAUGGUUGGAAGUUUCAGUUUAUCCAAAGGUGAGAUUAUUCACAUACUUGUUGGUCAAGAAGGAACGAUCAACAACAGUCCAAAGUUUCCGUUCGCUAGUGGAGGUGGUGGAGGGACAUUUGUCGUUAGAGGUGGUAUUACACCCUUAAUAAUAGCUGGAGGUGGUGGGGGCGUGGAUACAUUACUUUCAAGGCAGCCUGGGUGCGACGCCAGUGUAAGCACAUCAGGGAAUCCUGGAUACAGAUCAUGGUCAGGGGGGAGCAAUGGACAUGGUGCACAGACUGCUGAUAAUGAUAAUUCUGGUAAGGUUGCACUACGAUCACGUAACCCUUUUCAGCUUUGUACGCUGAAAUUGCUAUGCCUUCUCAUACGGUAGAAAUGUACAAAGUCAAAUGGGAUCUUGCUUCUUCUAAAUAGUAACCAAAGAUCCUUCCCCCUAUCGCAACGUAUAUCACGCUCUACUCCUAAGUGUCGAGCACUGUAAAAUGGAAAAAUCAAUACACAGACUUCCUAUAUAUAUAUAUAUAUGUAUGUAUGGUGAAUUUGAUAUUUUCUUGUUUUCAUUUUAUGUUUUUUAUAUUUUUUUUUUGAAAAAGGUUUUAACGUAAGUCUUAUCUACUUGAACUGUGGGGUCUUUCUAAAAAACAUAAAAUACAUCGAAAGGUGGAAUUAAUAAGAGGAGUUUUAGGAUAAUUUAACUUAAUUUGAAAAAGUUUGUGUUGAUAGUUGCAAGAAUGGUUCAGCACAUGAAAACAAGCAUUUAAAGAAUGUCCUUUUGCAUCGGAAAAUUGAGUUUAGCAUAUAUUAAAGGAGAUUUGGUGAUAAUAAUAUUAUGAUGUAUUUCCCUUCCUUUCCUCUGGCCCACCUCUUCCAGAAAGUGUAUUUGAUUAUAACUGCAUUUUUGGUUCAAAAAUACUUUCCCCGGUUGAUUGUGAAGAGAAAUUAUUAUUAAUUUAUUUGUUUCCUUUUUUUUUUUCUUUAUUUCAUUCUUGUUAUGACUUUAAUAACAGGUGGCGGCGGGGGCGGUUUUUACUCCAGUGGAAGAAGUUCAAAGAUGUUUGGUGGCACCAUGGGAGAUGGUGGAGAAGGUGGCAAAGGUUUCCUUCAGGGAGGGGUGGGUGGAAGAGCCAAAUUUAACAAUAUUGUGGGUGGUUUUGGAGGUGGUGGCGGUUCAUAUGGACGAUCAGGAGGCGCCGGAGGAGGAGGAGGGUACUCUGGGGGAAGCAGUGGAGAUAAUGAAUAUGAUGCCUGUGGGGGUGGGGGAGGCUCCUAUAAUGUUGGUAAAGAUCAGCAGAGUGAAUGUUGUUAUAAUGCAGCUGGUCACGGUCGGGUGAUCAUUACACUGUUGUAG